AUGGCUCCAGUUCACAGUCAUAUUUUGCAGUCCAGACAGAGCAUCCUCCCUCCUCGUCCUGCACAAGGCCCACCGGGCCAAGUACGUGCUGUCAAUUCCGUCUUUGGGUUCACAUCCCUUUUGUCUCUAUUCGUGGCUUCAUUCCUCAUCUUCGUUGCCGCCAUAUUUUGUUGGAAAAUUAGUGCCUUUCUCCGCAUAUUUACUCGACAUAGGGUGAUCGGCGGAGGAAAAGAGGCAGGCAUUCGCUAUGCAAAGACGUGGUAUGGUUGGGUACCUCUGGAUCGUCGUCAAAAGCAGCGGCAGCGGAGGCAGCAGUGGUUCAAGACACUUCGAGGCUGGUUAGCCUGGAGAACUUGUCACACCGAUUACAGUUGGGUCUGGUGGGACCCGCAAGGCAAGAAACUUGAGAAGAGAGUACGAGACCAGCAGCCCUUGAGUUGGAUCCCAUCGUCGUUGACAGGCUAUGUCUUUGACCCUGCCGGCUCCACGUCCAGUCUAAGUCAUCAAGUCAAGCGUCCCCAAGACGAAGGAGUGGCAAAUUUAACCGCCAAAAAUGCGUCAAAAUUGAAAAGCAGGGAUGUCGUGCCUGUUGAAAAUUCACAUUUUCCUUUUGUGCGGAAGCGGCCUAAACGAGAAAGACAACUUCGAGUUCCCCAGGAGCAUCAGCCGUCGCCCAACAUCAGUAAUACUCUAGCCUCCCAAGCUGAUAUCACAUUUGGGAAUGAUGGGCAGCUCAGUCUGAAUGAACAAGAAAACCGUCCAGCAACUCCCUACUUACCACCUGCUUGUAAAUCAUCGUCCAAGCGCUGUGUUUCGCUCCCGCAUUCAACCUUUGAAGUAACACAGAAAAGCGAACCCCGACCCGCACACGUCCCAAGAUGUGUAUCUGAUGGAGCUUCAUUCAAAAACCCCAAGUUAUGCGAGAAUCCACGCUCUAAGAAUUCCACAGCAGCGUCCACACCUUCUAUUCUAAGUACUGGUGGCUUCGAGGAACCAAUGCCAACCAUGAAGGCUGAGAAGCACUUGUCAUGGAGAUACAAGGCUUGGGGCGCACGAAUGCAACGCGCAACCUUUCCUAAUACACCGAUUUGGCUAUGUGGACUCGCCGGUCGGCCUGGAACUCCAUUUCCAGAUGCCCUAAGGAGCUUAAUUUCGACAGGAUCAGGCUCUGAAUGCUGCAGGUCAACAAUAGAUUAUUCUCAUUUGCCCGUUGCGUCUAACUCCUCCAUGGCUGGUAUCUAUUCUCAAUCAAAGCAUGCCAUCUCGCCUUUACCAUACCGCUUUAGGAUGCAUCCAAGUCAAAAAGAAAGGAUACGCACAAUCUACUCAAGCACGGAUCGUUUUCUGAGUCAGUCUUCACUGAAAGCUAGCCGCAAGUCGUUUAAGAAUCAUUCGGAUCAUGCCAUAGAAGAACCGGGUCCAUCUGUUUGGACCGCCAAACAGUUACAGAACCAACAUGGCGGCAGUAUUCGAACUCAAAGACAAAUCAGUAACCCUGAGGUACGCUUGCUUGACGACCUUGAACGCAAACUUGAGUGGCUCUCUAGCGAAAUGGACCCUGGGCGCAAAACGGAUAACUUUUCAGUAGUCUAUAACCACUGGUUGAACAAAACCACAUGGGUAGUCUAUGAUCCGCCGUCAAGAGUUCCAUCUACAGAGAGAAGGCUUUAUGGAGAUCCUAGGUUCAAUUAUCCUUAUCAGGCUAAAAGUGAACUUCGCAAAGCGGAACGUCCUCCCAUUCAAAGGAGCAAGCUGCACACUCCCAAAAUAGAUUCGUGGCGUUUGGCGGUAAAUUCUGCGAGGCAGUCAGCUGGAGUUCAGAGAUUUUUAAAGGCAGUGGAGUUAUUUGAAGGUUCUGCCGACGAACCACCAGAUGGCGCGAUCGACACUGCGACUUGGAUCCUAAGAAAACCUCCACAGGGGUUCGAAAUGUCGACGAAACAAAAGAACGCAUAUUUCGAAGGUUGCGGUGGAUGGUGCGAGAAGUUAGAUUACUGGCAGAACGUUCCGAGAGCCUACCGGGCGCGAAAGGUAAUUUGUGAAGGAAAAGCGAACCGAAGGAGGAUGGCGGAGGUGGCGAAGAUCGUGACCAGGGGCUGUAAGCGGACCGUCAGCAAGGUUGUGCCUCGUUUACCUCAACAUAGCAAACGGAAAUCUGCAGUGAAAGAUGCAGGAAGGGUAACAAAAUCAAGCUGGCAUCCGCCGCCGCCGAAAUAUCAGAAAAGGAAGAAGCCUGUUCUGAACGGUCACAGAGCCGGCUUAAUCGAGCGUCAUCCCAAUAUACCUUAUGCCAUUGCUCCCAACGCUUUUAUGUCAAUCGCCGCUUCAGUUAAUUUGAUUCUGGGAGAGCGCACAGUGCGCCCCCUGGAUGCUCCACCAGUUGGAGCAUAG